ACUACCACGAUGUUCUUAAAAAUCGUUUUAAGCGUGCUGUUCUGCAGCAUUGCUUUGGCCUCGGCUGAAAGCUAUGAGGGCUACAAAAUCUACGAUGUCAAUGCCAACAAUGCCUUCGAAAAGGAAGUCUUGUUGCGUCUCUACACCAGUGAACAAUAUGAUUUCUUCGAUAUGCCCAAGUUGAUUGGUAAAACCGCUCGUGUUAUGGUCACACCAGAAGAUCAAGUCGAUUUCGAAACCACUUUGACCAGAUUCGGUCUUACCUACACCGUCAUCAAUGAAAAUGUUGCCCAAAGCAUUGCCGAGGAGGCUGAGCAAAUGAACUAUGCUCGUGCUGCUGUUGACGUCACCGGCCGCAUUAGCUUCGCUAGCUUCCAACGUUUCGAUGCCAUCAAUGCUUACCUCGAUGAAUUGGCCAAGGCCUAUCCCCAGCGCGUUAUUGUCAAAACUUUGGGCAAAUCCUAUGAAAAUCGUGACAUGAAAACCAUUACCAUCACCAAUGGUGACGGCAGAGCCAACAAGAAGGUCAUCCUCAUGGAUGCUGGUAUUCAUGCCCGUGAAUGGAUUGCUCCUGCUGGUGCUUUGUAUGUCAUCCAUCAAUUGGUUGAGAAGUACUCUGAAAACGCUCACUUGUUGAAGGACUACGAUUGGGUUAUCUUGCCCGUUGUCAAUCCCGAUGGUUAUGAAUAUACCCACACCAAUUCCCGUAUGUGGCGUAAGACCCGUCAACCUGUCUCCUCAUCCUGCGUUGGUACCGAUGCUAACCGCAAUUUCGAUUUCCACUGGGGAGAGGUUGGCGCCUCCAGCUUGGCUUGCUCCGAUACCUUCAAGGGUAAGACUGCUUUCUCUGAACCCGAAACUCGUCUUCUCCGCGAUUUGAUGCUCUCCUUGACUGGCCGCGCAAAAUUCUAUUUGACUCUGCACUCUUAUGGCAACUAUUUGUUGUAUCCUUGGGGUUAUACUUCUGAAUAUCCCGAAAACGUCAAGGACUUGGAUGAAGUUGCUCAAGCUGCUGCUACAGCUAUCAAAUCUGCCACCGGAACCCGUUACACCGUGGGCUCUUCCACCAAUGUCUUGUAUGCCGCUGCUGGUGGUAGUGAUGAUUAUGCUUUGGCCAAGGCCAAGAUCCCAAUUGCCAUUUGCAUGGAAUUGCCAGCUGGAGGUACCGGUUUCGAUCCCAAACCCGCCCAAAUCGAACCUUUUGUCAGCGAAACCUGGUUGGGUAUUAAGGCUAUGGCUGAGAAGGUUAUUGAAAAAUAUUAAA